CUCCUCUACUACUUGGUGUCAUUUCACGUCCCACACAAGUAAACAGUGAACCAGCGGUUUCCACUCCCCGACUCCUCUCGUCGUGACAACCCGCUUUCCCCGGCCGCUCCAGCUCACUCUGUGCGGGAGGGCGGUCCGUGACGAUGAGCCUGCUAGCAGCCUUCGAGCAGGCUAUCGUUAGCUAUGCGGAGCUAGCUUGCUACCAAACUGUUCGGGUUGCUUUCGAGACAGCACGAUGCAGAACACCAUGAAGCAUUACAGACUUAUUCCACCGCAGCACAUCGGCUAGAUCACUGGGAGCUAGCGGGCGUCUUGUCCUCCCCCACAUCGGGUCCGACCCUUACCGUCAUUGUUUGGAUGGACUAAACGCGAGGAGACUUCAGCUAGCAGCUGCUAACUGGCAGACUAGCUUCGCGGCUAACCGGCUGACUAUCUGACACAGUUGGUUGACAUUGCACAUGUGAUAAUUAGUGGACUCUGAACAUAGCAGAUUUCUUGGCACGACCAUGCCUCCAAGGCCUUCCUCGGGAGAACUAUGGGGGAUGCACUUGAUGCCCCCCAGCAUCCUCGUCGACUGCCUUCUGCCAAAUGGCAUGAUUCUCACGUUGGAGUGCCUCCGGGAGGCCACGCUGAUUACAGUCAAGCAUGAGCUUUUCAAAGAGGCCAGGAAGUACCCUCUUUACCAUCUGCUGCAGGAGGAGAGCUCCUACAUCUUUGUCAGUGUCACCCAGGAGGCAGAGCGGGAGGAGUUUUACGAUGAGACCAGGAGGUUGUGCGAUCUUAGGCUCUUCCAGGCAUUUCUCAAAGUCAUUGAGCCAGUAGGCAACAGAGAAGAGAAAAUUCUCAACAGAGAGAUAGGUUUUGCCAUUGGAAUGCCUAUAUGUGAGUUUGAUUUGGUGAAAGACCCAGAAGUGCAGGACUUCAGAAGGAACAUUUUAAAUGUUUGCAAAGAAGCUGUGGACCUUCGAGACAGUAAUGGACCCCACAGCAAAGCUUUGUACGUGUAUCCUCCCAAUGUAGAAUCUUCUACAGAACUUCCCAGGCACUACUAUAACAAGCUAGAUAAAGGGCAAAUCAUCGUGGUCAUAUGGGUCAUUGUGUCACCCAGCAAUGACAAGCAGAAGUAUACCCUUAAGAUCAACCAUGACUAUGUACCAGAGCAGGUGAUUGCCGAAGCCAUCCGCAAGAAGACACGUAGCAUGCUGCUCUCCCAGGAGCAGUUAAAGAUGUGUGUGCAGGAGUAUCAGGGAAAGUACAUCCUCAAAGUCUGUGGCUGUGACGAGUACUUACUGGAGAAAUAUCCCCUGAGUCAGUACAAGUAUGUGCGCAGCUGUAUCAUGUUGGGACGGAUGCCCAACUUGAUGCUCAUGGCAAAAGACAGCCUGUAUUCCCAGCUGCCCAUCGACAACUUCGUCAUGCCGUCAUAUGCAAGGCGAAUAUCCACAGCAACGCCCUACAUGAAUGGGGAAACGGCCACCAAGUCUCUCUGGACUAUCAACGGAACGCUGAGGAUCAGGAUACUGUGCGCCACUUACGUCAACGUCAACAUCAGAGACAUUGACAAGAUCUACGUCAGGACUGGGAUAUACCACGGUGGAGAGCAGUUGUGUGACAAUGUCAACACCCAGCGCGUGCCCUGCUCCAACCCCAGGUGGAACGAGUGGCUGAACUACGACAUGUACAUUCCAGACAUCCCCCGUGCUGCCCGACUCUGCCUCUCUAUCUGCUCUGUGAAAGGAAGGAAGGGAGCUAAAGAGGAGCACUGUCCUCUCGCCUGGGGCAACAUUAACCUGUUUGACUACACCCACACAUUAGUAGCAGGGAAGAUGGCACUCAACCUAUGGCCUGUCCCACAUGGCCUGGAAGACCUGCUCAACCCUAUCGGUGUAACCGGCUCCAACCCAAACAAGGAAACUCCUUGUCUGGAGCUGGAGUUUGACCAUUUCAGUUGCCCUGUCAAGUACCCUGAAAUGGCCAUCAUUGAGGAGCAUGCAAACUGGAAUAUAUCCAGAGAGCUUGGCUUUAAUUACUGCCACACCGGUUUGAGUAACAGACUGGCGCGUGACAACCCGCUGACCGACACUGACAAUGAGCAGCUACGACAGGUGUGUAACAGAGAUCCGCUGUCUGAAAUCACUGAGCAGGAAAAAGACUUUCUAUGGAGACACAGACAAGACUGCGUCAACAUGCCAGAGAUCCUUCCCAAGAUCCUCCUGUCUGUGAAAUGGAACUCAAGAGAUGAGAUUGCUCAGAUGUAUUGCCUCCUGAAGGACUGGCCUGCUAUCAAGCCAGAGCAAGCCAUGGAGUUGCUUGAUUGCAACUUCCCUGAUCCUAUGAUCAGAGAGUUUGCUGUAAAGUGCCUUGAGAAAUACUUAACUGAUGACAAACUCUCACAGUAUCUCAUUCAACUGGUUCAGGUUCUAAAGUAUGAGCAGUACCUUGAUAACCCACUGGCACGCUUCUUGCUGAAAAAGGCAUUAACCAAUCAGAGGAUAGGACAUUUCUUCUUUUGGCAUUUAAAGUCAGAGAUGCACAACAAGACAGUGAGCCAGCGGUUUGGGCUACUGUUGGAGUCCUACUGCCGGGCUUGUGGCAUGUAUCUGAAGCACCUGAGCAGACAGGUGGAGGCUAUGGAGAAACUCAUCAAUCUCACUGACCUCCUGAAACAGGAGAAAAAAGAUGAGGCACAGAAGGUGCAAAUGAAGUUUCUGGUGGAGCAGAUGAGAAGGCCUGACUACAUGGACGCCCUGCAGAACUUCACCUCCCCACUGAAUCCAGCACAUCAGCUGGGAAACCUCCGCCUGGAGGAAUGCAGGAUGAUGUCAUCAGCCAAGCGACCGCUAUGGCUUAACUGGGAAAACCCAGAUAUGAUGUCAGAGCUGCUCUUUCAGAACAAUGAAAUCAUCUUCAAAAAUGGAGAUGAUCUGAGGCAGGACAUGCUGACGCUGCAGAUCAUUAGGAUAAUGGAGAACAUCUGGCAGAACCAAGGCCUUGAUCUCAGGAUGCUGCCGUAUGGUUGUCUGUCCAUCGGCGACUGUGUGGGUUUGAUUGAGGUGGUGAGGAACUCUCACACCAUCAUGCAGAUCCAGUGUAAAGGAGGCCUAAAGGGGGCACUGCAGUUCAACAGCCACACACUGCAUCAGUGGCUGAAGGAUAAGAACAAGGGAGAGAUGUAUGACCAGGCCAUAGAUCUGUUCACGCGGUCGUGUGCAGGCUACUGUGUAGCCACGUUUAUCCUGGGCAUUGGGGACAGACACAACAGCAACAUCAUGGUCAAAGAUGACGGACAGCUGUUCCACAUAGACUUCGGCCAUUUCCUCGACCACAAAAAGAAGAAGUUUGGGUACAAGAGAGAACGCGUGCCCUUUGUGCUCACACAGGACUUCUUAAUUGUUAUUAGCAAAGGAACUCAAGAGUGCACUAAAACAAGGGAGUUUGAAAGGUUCCAGGAGAUGUGUUACAAGGCGUACCUGGCAAUCCGGCAGCAUGCCAACCUCUUCAUCAACCUCUUCUCCAUGAUGCUGGGCUCAGGGAUGCCCGAGCUGCAGUCGUUCGACGACAUCGCUUACAUCAGAAAGACCCUGGCCCUGGACAAGACGGAGCAGGAGGCCCUGGACUACUUCAUGAAGCAGAUGAACGACGCUCACCACGGCGGCUGGACUACCAAGAUGGACUGGAUCUUCCACACAAUCCGCCAGCAUGCCAUGAACUGAAAUGACGACGAAUACAAGUGGAGUAAAAAGGACUGUGGCAACCACAGCCACUAAGAACCAAAAGAAUAUUGAGAAGCGAGCGAGGCAUUGUCCCAAACACACUAAGGCCUGGUAACACUUCUGCCAGCGUGGGACUCUGAAACAGUACCUGCCAGAGCACCUCAAAAAAAGGGUGUUGAGAAGGGCCUAUUUCAGGGACAUAAUGCCUGACUGCUCCUGUAUUUACAGGUUUCUGAUUUUUUUUCCCCUCCCUUCACUAUGAACUUCAAAUGACGUCAUAUUCCAUCAGUCUGCUUCAUAGAAACUAAGCAAGUGUAACGGACCUCAACAACAUUUGCCUUCUUUUGUGUGAACAAACUAUCUACUAUACUACUCGAUUUUUAUUUUGUAUUUCUUUCAGUACAUCUACAACUAUCAGCAUUAAGAAAGCAACAUCAUGAGCACAGACGGUUUUUCUAAAGAUGAACUCACUUCUUUUCCACUACCUAUUUUAAACUGAUGAAGGCGGGGAAGAUAUCGGCGCUGGCUGAGACGGAAGGAACAAGGAGAAGCCUGGCGGGUCACCACAAAAUCAUGAUUACCCCUUACAGUCAUAAAAAACAAUCACCAAUAGUUGCAGAACGGAUAGGGGACAUGUUGUUAAACACAAAGCAUUAAACACUUAACGCUAACAACUAAUUUGUAUCCUACAGACGACGUGUCCUCAGUUUUAGAAAUAACGCCAGAUAACUGACUUGUACAGCAGUAUAUCCAUAGACUUGUAUGAAUUCAGUGCAAUUAUUCCUUUUUUAGUACAUUUUCUACUGAGCCAAAGUACUAGAUGUGUAACCCUGCGAUUUGAAAGUCUUAUUGUUAAAAAAAAAGAAAAGAAAAAAAAUGGUCACGACUAUUCACGUCUCUUGUCUGUACUCAGCACUGAUCUCUGCAGUAUUCAUUUUUGUUUUGUUUCGUCUAUCAGUAUUAUUUAGUGUCUGAAGUUGAGGCACACGCUCCUCAUCCAGCCCACGCAGUCGGAACGCAGACGGACCGCAGGAAAGCGUUCUGAUGGUCACCUGUUCAAGAUGUUAUGAAUUGGCUAUUGAGUUGAUGAAGGCGAGCAGCGCGGGGGAGAAGGGUGUGCAGUGUUCCUUCUGUGUGCAGUGCUUUACACUAUGCAAGUUGUGAUUCCUAAUCUGUCCUGUAUACUGCAGGAAAAAAAAGAAAAGGUCGAUGUCGGAGUAAGACGAGAGAAAGAGAAACGCAUCUCCCCGACACGAUCACACAGACAAAUGUGUUGGUGAACUUUGAACAGACGGUACGAGGAAGAGGACGAGAGAAUGCUGCACUGUAUCCGCCUCGUCUACUUCUUCCCAACAGAACUGUGAGAAACGCCUUUGGACUCUGCCUUGUUGCUUCUCCUCACCAGGUUUAUGGUUGGAGCUUCGAUCUAAGCCAUCUGUAUAAUGUCUGAGCCGUUAAGUUUUGCGCGUGUCUUCUUGUUCUCCGUCACACUUUUGACAGGUAAAGUGAGGCCGACUCUCUCCUCACAUUUGCCACGUGGUCCCAGAUCGUGACGUCCAGGUAAAGAAAAGUAGCCGAAGUGAAUUUCUGUCAACCUUCCGAGUGUCUUCUUUCCUCUUCUUUCCUAUGAUUGUCACCCUUAUGUGUGGAGGAAUAGUCUUCGCAGGUUGGCUCACUGCACAGACGCAUACAUAAGAGGGCCGUAAAUGUUCCAGCUUUACCAAAUGAUACACAACAGGGCGGUUUCCUGGACUCGCCAGGCCGUCUGAAAGUCCACCUUUUUGUUUUCUGUGCACGGCUACGGACUUAAAACAGGCCCGGGAACCGCUCCUAGUGAGAUGCAUGUGCUUCUGUACAGGCGACAGAGCAGUGGGCCGGACCCAAACGGAAAACUACACCCCAUAAACUUUAUUGAAGAACUCUAAAUGAUGCUCUUUCCCUUUGUAAUUGUCUCAUCUUCUCACACUGCAUAAUGCAUGAGGUCCUCGAAUAUCUACUUUAGUUUUGUUUUUUGUUUGACCUAAUGUUGUUUACUUGAAUUUCAUGUACAGAAAUGACCUUGUUACUUGUGAGAGGUACAACAAAGUCCCAAUGAAGGUAACAGAUACUGAUAACUGCUACUACAUGUGCAAAUGCUUUCCUUGAAUUACUACAGAGGUAAUAUAUUUUUGUAUUUUUAAAUGUAAGCAAACUCGUAUAUGUAACUGCUAACCAAAAGAAAAAGGAGGAAUCAUGCAUAAUGUGCGCCACCCUCAUACAAAACCCAGUAGACAGCUUCCAGUUGUUGAAAUGAUAUGAAUGACUAAUCAGAGGUGGCUGUUGAAUGAAGGACACGGACGUGAUGCUGGUGUCAGAGUACGAUCUUGCCCUAAGUGGAAGUCUGUAAGCACAAUAAGGAGGAAGAAGCUACCUGCAUGUUUUAAAAGAACCAGAACCCAUAUGUUAGUUAUAUAUCCAUCUGAGUAUAUAUCAUAAAAACUCUUCAAAUACUUGUUUUAGUUAUCCUCAUGUGACAAUGAUAAGAAACUGUAUGCAUUCAUUUAUUGUACUGUUGAAUAAAAACCUUUCUCCCUCUCUGAA